AUGUCCAUAAAUCAUGAAGAAAAUGAGGAUAAUUCUUUAUUAAACCCUGACAUUAUACAAGCUGCUUUACCCUUUCUAUCACCUACUGACCUGAAGAAUCUAUCAUUAACGAAUAAAUAUUUUAACAAAUUACUUAACUACUCGUCAUCUGAUACUCUUUGGCACGAAUUAUAUCAUAAAGUUUACAACACUAGAUAUACCGACGAUGAGCCCUUCCAAACUGCAUUAACAAAUGAAUAUAGAAAUUAUCCCUCGAUGAUUAUGGCAGGGAAAUUUACAGAUUGCUCCUGGCAUGAUAUUUUUAAAUUAAGAUCUAAAAAUACACAUAUGUAUACAUGGGGAUGUUUGAAACAUGGAAGAUUAGGAUAUGAUGUAGGAUCUAAUCCCAAAUUAACUGAAGAUCAAUUAAACCAGUCUGGAUUCAGAGUUAAAUCAGGCGUAAAUCAACCUGUUAUGGUUCCAUGGAUAACAAUAAAUGAGGAUAAUUCAAAUUUAAACGAUUUUUCUGUUGCUGAAGUUUCUGGAGGCGGAUUUUCAUUCCAAAUAUUAACUAAAUCAGGUAAACUAUUUUCUACAGGUUCUACAUUUUCUGGCGGUUACAACGGACCUGGUCCUAUUAAUGAUGAGAUAGAUUACAACCCCUUCCGAAGUCUAAUUGAAAACUUGGAGAAUUCGCUGCCUCGAAUUAGAAUUGGAGGAAGGAUGGAUAUUAAUACGACUGGUGUAAUGGGUGGGAGAGCAAUGAGAAAUUUUGGGCCAACACCAGCUUCAAAUGUACCUCAACCUACAGUAAUACCAGGACAGCCACAUUCUGACAUUUAUUCAGGGUUAAUGGAGUUGGAGAAAACAACCAAUACGACGUUGGACGGAAAUUCAAAUAUAAGAAGAAUGUUUCCAAGAAAUGUUUUCGAUUUCUAUACUGAUACUUCAAAUAAAGUGACUAGAGUUAAUGAAAAAAAAAUGGAAUCAGUUAGGUUUGUUGCAGUAUCAUCUGGAAGAUCACACUUUCUUGCCUUAGAUGAAAAUAAUAAACUAUAUUCUUGGGAUACGAAGGAUUUGGAUCAUGGAGUUCAAUUGGGAUUUAAAGAUAUUGAUUUAAAUGAACAUCCAAUCAUUAAAAUUUCAUGCGGUUGGAAUUUCAGUUGUGCAUACAUCUACAAUAUUGGUUUGGUAGUUUGGAAAGCCAGAGAAGCUCUAAAAAAGGGCCAGCUGAUAUCUAAUGUCGAUUACGAAAUUAUUCCAAAUACUUCCGAUAACUGUGCUGAAAAUAAGAUCCUAGACUUUACCUGUCUCAAAGAUAACCGUGUUCUAUUUAUUACCAAUAAAGGUGACAAACUAUUUGAUUAUUUUAAUGGGGAAAUUACAUCAUCUCCAGUACACCUUGAUAACAAUAUAAUAAAAAUAUCAUCAUGUUUCAGUUCACUGGUGUUGUUUACGACUGCGCAAUGUUUCAAGAUUGAUAUUCGCGGAAGCAUUUUAGAUUUUGAUAACAUAAUGCCUAUCCAACUUGAUGAUACAGAUGAUACGAUUGUAUCACUAGCAUCUGGUGAUUUUCAUUCUUUAGCAUUGACACAGAAAGGUAACCUGUAUUCUUGGGGAUUGGAAAGUCAAUUAUCGGGGUGCUUAGGGUUGGGUUUACCUGAUUCAAUUGUUCAAGAGGAGAGAGUAGGAAUAUACGAAAACAAUGGCAGAAAUAUUAGAGUUCUUAACCCAAGUAAAAUUAAGUUAGAAGACGACUGCGUCGCCAUUGCAGUUGCAGCUGGUGGUUGGCAGUCCUCUGCCUUAAUAGUCAAGAAAUGA